AUGGAUUCUAUUCCUUCUGGAACUUCAAAGUUUGUUGAACUAUUAAAUAGUCAACAAACUGUUUCCUUUGGUAACUAUGAAGAAAGUGUUCAACUUUCUUCAUCCCAAGUUCCAUUUCUAGGCAGCCAGGGAACCGGAGCUUCAAACUUUGAAGGAGGCAAUGCUCCUGAGCGUAGAGAACGACGGAAGUGGACACCAACGGAUGAUGUUGUCCUGAUCAGUUCGUGGCUCAACACGAGCAAGGAUCCUGUGGUUGGCAACGAGCAAAAAUCCUCCGGUUUUUGGAAAAGGAUUGCUGCGUACUUCGCGGCAAGUCCUCUGGUUGCUGGCUUCGAGGAGAGGGAGCCAAGUCACUGCAAGCAACGAUGGCACAGGAUCAAUGACCUAGUGUCUAAGUUCAGUGGAUCAUAUGAAGCUGCUACUAGAGAGAGGACUAGCGGCCAGUAUGAGAACGACGUUCUGAAGCUUGCUCAUCAAAUAUACUACAACAACUACAAGAAGAAAUCUACACUUGAACACGCGUGGAAGGAGUUGCGACACGACCAGAAGUGGUGCGACCUUGGUACUGCAACAACUGAAGGGAGCUUAAAGAAGAGGAAGUGUGAAGUUGGUGCAGUUACCUCAAGCUCUCAACCAAUUGAGAACAAGCGUCCCCCUGGAGUGAAAGCGGCAAAGUUGAGUGGUAAGAAGCCGGUGUUAGACGAGAAAACUCUUAAUGAUUUUAAGUGUAUGUGGACAAUCAAAGAGAAGGAGUUGGCCUCGAAAGAAAAGUUGUCUAAGAUGAGUCUCCUUGAGAUUCUUAUUGGAAGAAAGGAAUCUCUAACUAAGUUUGAAGAAACCCUCAAGAACAAGCUCAUAACUGACUUGUUGUCUUGUCUUGGUGUUGGACAGGUCACGAGAGUGGACAGGUCAGGGGAGUCGACCAUUGGCUUGUUAUUGGAGAGGUCACGGGAGUUUGUAGUCUUUUGUCUGUAUAAUUGUCUGUAUUGUACUGGAGAGUCAGAGUUUGUUGUCUUGUGUCACGGGAGUUGUAGUCACGAGAGUGAGAGUGAGAAAGAGUUUGUAUCACGAGAGUGA